UUUGGUUUUGGUUUUGGCGCACGCGGAAGUGGCUUUGCAACUACAUUUCCUUUUCCUAAAAAAAUUCAAAUAAAUAUUUAGAAAAAGUUCAUAAACUAGUUUUCCGGGUUCAAAAUAAAAAUAACUUUAAUCGUUCAGCGAUAUAUUAUAGUUUUGUGAAUUUGGUACACUCUUAUUACACAAUGGAAGUGACGGACUUAAACGAUUUGUUAAAUGUACGAAGUAUAAAAAUGGAAACUGAAAACGCCUUCGUUGACUCCGAAUGCUCUGAAAAUACGGAUCCUCUGGCCCUAAUACCUCAAUAUGUGACUGAAUCUGACCUAGGAAUAAUGCAAACUGGUACUGAAAUCCUGGAAGCUCCAUUAGCUGUUUUUACUGACACGCCUGAUGAUGAUGAUACAAUGCAAAGCACUGAUUCUGGUGAGGAAGUGAUAGUUCAACUAAUGGAUAUAAGGACAAGGCUCUCCCGUCUCCGUUCUAUGCUUGAGAGAAGGCUGAAUACUGAUCUUUCAGAUUACACGUUUUGGCUGCAGGAUGCAAAGAUGCUGGAGAACCAUAAAACCUUAGUGGAGCAAUGCAUCAGAGGUUCGGGCGUGGUGCAAGUGAACAUACAGAUCCGGGCCUCGCAGAGAAAGAUUAACAUCAUGGAUGUUCUCAAACCUGAUGAGGAACUGCUUCAAUUGCCGCAGGAGGAAGAGGAAGUGCAAGAAAUAGAACCAGAGCCGCCGGCAGAGGUGGAGGAAGAGAUAGAUCUGAUAUCCAGCACGCCACACGCCGCUGCGGUCAAGUGGGUGGUGGAUGCCAACUUCCGAAACGAUCACAGCCGGGCCAGGAUACCAGACGACCCUGCGCAGUGGUCAGUCCAACAUGUGAAGCUGUGGAUACAAUGGGCGGUGCGUCAGUUCAACCUGACCGGCAUCAAACUAUCAGACUGGAACAUUAACGGCGUUCAGCUCUGCUCCAUCAAUAACAUCGAUUUCAAAGAGAAAGUUCCAUCAGACCCGGGCGACUUGUUUUGGACGCAUUUCGAAUUAUUGCGGAAAUGCAAAUUUGUUGCAGUAAUACAAAAUCAAGAGCCUGUAGUGAGAGAUGAGUUGGAAAUGCCGCAGUCUGCUAUAAAGAAGAAACCGAAAAUGAUAAUUCGUCCGUCUACCGAGGAAGAUGGUGGCCAUUAUUUUACAUCGCGCAAUGGAAACAACGGUCAAAUACAACUGUGGCAAUUUCUACUGGAGCUGCUCACUAGCGCCGAAUAUUACGACGUUAUCAGAUGGCAUGGUACAGAAGGAGAGUUUAAACUCCUGGAACCGGAGAGAGUCGCCCGAUUGUGGGGCAAGAGGAAACAUAAACCUGCCAUGAACUACGAGAAGCUGUCGAGAGCACUGCGGUAUUAUUACGAUGGGGAUAUGAUAUCAAAAGUUGUGGGCAAGAGGUUCGUGUACAAGUACGUGUGCGACCUCCGGCAGCUGUUGGGCUACGGCGCGGGCGAGCUGGCCGAGCUCGUCAAAGAGCUGCACGACUCCAUGCGGCUUCACCCCGAGAGCGAGCCCGGCCACGAGCCCGGCGCGCGCUGACUGCCACAUGGUGCCACUCCGCCACGUGACGCGCCCGACCGAGAUGACGCCACGAUGCGAGCGAGCGAGAGAUGAAUGCGAGGGACGUAGCGAGCGAGCGAGACGGAGGUACUUCGACCGGCAGCUGCUUGGGCUACGGCGCGGGCAAGCUGGCCGAGCUCGUCAAAGAGGUGCAUGACUCGUGCGACUCGUGGUCACGAUGUGAGCGAGCGAGACGUGAAUGCCAUGGUUGUGGUGAGCGAGCAAGAGAUGAAUGCAAGUAACGCAUUACACUAGGGUGCACACAGUUAUGUGGACGGAGUGAUACAUGCGAGAGGCGGCCAUUCGCAUGCGCUGACUCCGGCACGAGUUUAGUCCGCCGAUGUGACACCCCUGAUUAGAGCGAGCGAGACAUGAAUGUGACAGACGUAGCGAGCGAGCGAGAGGAACGUACUUCGGACGGCAGCUGGCCGAGCUGGUCAAAGAGGUGCAUGGCUCAUGCGACUCGUAAACACGAUAUGAGCGAGCGAGACGUGCAUGCCAUAGAUGUGGUGAGCAAGAGAUGUAUGCAAGUCACAUACUUCAUUAGGGUGCUCAGUUAUGUGGGCGGAGAUAAACAUGCGGGAGGCGGACUACCCGCAUGCGGUGACUGCCACACCUCUGAUUAGAGCGAGAUAGAUAUGAAUGCGAUAUGCAAUGAAGGCAGGGCUUACUAAGUCACUUGAACCCGAGAAACUAACUAACACAUUUUUACGUUUAUGAUAUUUAGUGGAAUUAAAUGGAUUAAGUAUGUUGUAUAUUUGUAAGGUAGUUAUAAGAAAUUAUUGUACGAAAUAAAGUCUAUCGUUUUGUUAUA